AUGAAUAACGCAGCAGAAAUCCUAAAGUCAGUCCAGAUUGGUUUGGAUGUCGCCAUAUUUCUCCUUAACACUGAUCGGGGCCUACAGGCGACCGAGUUAUGUAAUGAAUGUUUAUUUCUACUUCACAAACUUAACUCUGGUAUUGACCUUGAUCAUGAUAUCUCUGAUGUAUUAUUCAAUGUGUUCUACGCCACCUCUGGUUACACAAAUGCAGCACGAUACACCACAAAACUUAUUAACAAGUUUUUCCUCGCUGGAGAACUAACCAUACUACUGGGAGACAAAUACGAGGCAAAAUGUUGGUUUGCAGAGGCAAAGCAACUUUCUGAAAGCGCUCUUACCAUCAUGAAAGCGAUUGGCCACCGUAGAAAAGAGGCAGUGGCUUGCGCGAGACUUGGAUCUCUUUGCUUUAUCCUCCGCGAGUAUCUAAAGGCGAAAGAAUAUUAUGAGAGAGAAAUUGCCAUCGCGAUAGAAAUCGGCGACAGAAAUGGAGAAGGAACAACAUACGGGAACCUCGGAGUUGUGUUUCAAUCCCUUGGCGAAUAUCAGAAGGCCAAAGAAUAUUACGAGAAAGCAAUUGCCAUCGCGAUAGAAAUCGGCGACAGAAAUGGAGAAGGAAGAACAUACGGGAACCUCGGAGUUGUGUUUCAAUCCCUUGGCGAAUUUCAGAAGGCCAAAGAAUAUUACGAGAAAGCAAUUGCCAUCGCGAUAGAAAUCGGCGACAGAAAUGGAGAAGGAAGAAGAUACGGGGACCUCGGAGUUGUGUUUCAAUCCCUUGGCGAAUAUCAGAAGGCCAAAGAAUAUUACGAGAAAGCAAUUGCCAUCGCGAUAGAAAUCGGCGACAGAAAUGGAGAAGGAACAAGAUACGAGGACCUCGGAGUUGUGUUUCAAUACCUUGGCGAAUAUCAGAAGGCCAAAGAAUAUUACGAGAAAGCAAUUGCCAUGGCGCUGGAAAUCGGCGACAGAAAUGUAGAAGGAACAACAUACGGGAACCUCGGAAAUGUGUUUCAAUCCCUUGGCGAAUAUCAGAAGGCCAAAGAAUAUUACGAGAAAUCACUUGCCAUCGCGAUAGAAAUCGGCGACAGAAAUGAACAAGGAACAGGAUACGGGAACCUCGGAGCUGUGUUUCAAUCCCUUGGCGAAUAUCAGAAGGCCAAAGAAUAUUACGAGAGAUCACUUGCCAUCGCGAUAGAAAUCGGCAACAGAAAUGGAGAAGGAAGAACAUACGGGAACUUCGGAGUUAUGUUUCAAUCCCUUGGCGAAUAUCAGAAGGCCAAAGAAUAUUACGAGAAAUCACUUGACAUGGCGAUAGAAAUCGGCGACAGAAAUGGAGAAAGAACAGCAUACGGGGCCCUCGGAGCUGUGUUUCAAUCCCUUGGCGAAUAUCAGAAGGCCAAGGAGUAUCACGAGAAAGCAAUUGCCAUCGCGAUAGAAAUCGGCGACAGAAAUGGAGAAGGAACAACAUACGGGAACCUCGGAGUUGUGUUUCAAUCCCUUGGCGAAUAUCAGAAGGCCAAAGAAUAUUACGAGAAAUCACUUGCCAUCGCGAUAGAAAUCGGCAACAGAAAUGGAGAAGGAACAACAUACGGGAACCUCGGAGGUGUGUUUCAAUCCCUUGGCGAAUAUCAGAAGGCCAAAGAAUAUUACGAGAAAUCACUUGCCAUCGCGAUAGAAAUCGGCAACAGAAAUGGAGAAGGAGGAACAUGCGGGAACCUCGGAGGUGUGUUUCAAUCCCUUGGCGAAUAUCAGAAGGCCAAAGAAUAUUACCAGAAAGCAAUUGCCAUCGCGAUAGAAAUCGGCAACAGAAAUGGAGAAGGAACAACAUACGGGAACCUCGGAGGUGUGUUUCAAUCCCUUGGCGAAUAUCAGGAGGCCAAAGAAUAUAACGAGAAAUCACUUGCCAUCGCAAUAGAAAUCGGCGACAGAAAUGGAGAAGAAACAACAUACGGGAACCUCGGAAGUGUGUUGAAAUCCCUUGGCGAAUAUCAGAAGGCCAAAGAAUAUAACGAGAAAUCACUUGCCAUCGCGAUAGAAAUCGGCGACAGAAAUGGAGAAGGAAGAACAUACGGGAACCUCGGAGGUGUGUUUCAAUCCCUUGGCGAAUAUCAGAAGGCCAAAGAAUAUUACGAGAAAUCACUUGCCAUCGCGAUAGAAAUCGGCGACAGAGGUGGAGAAGGAAGAACAUACGGGAACCUCGGAGGUGUGUUUCAAUCCCUUGGCGAAUAUCAGAAGGCCAAAGAAUAUUACGAGAAAUCACUUGCCAUCGCGAUAGAAAUCGGCGACAGAAAUGGAGAAGGAACAAGAUACGGGAACCUCGGAGUUGUGUUUCAAUCCCUUGGCGAAUAUCAGAAGGCCAAAGAAUAUAACGAGAAGGCAAUUGCCAUCGCGAUAGAAAUCGGCGACAGAAAUGGAGAAGGAAGAAGAUACGGGGACCUCGGAGUUGUGUUUCAAUCCCUUGGCGAAUAUCAGAAGGCCAAAGAAUAUUACGAGAAAUCACUUGCCAUCGCGAUAGAAAUCGGCGACAGAAGUGGAGAAGGAAGAACAUACGGGAACCUCGGAGGUGUGUUUCAUUCCCUUGGCGAAUAUCAGAAGGCCAAAGAAUAUUACGAGAAAUCACUUGCCAUCGCGGUAGAAAUCGGCGGCAGAAAUGAAGAAGGAACAACAUGCGGGAACCUCGGAGCUGUGUUUCAAUCCCUUGGCGAAUAUCAGAAGGCCAAAGAAUAUUACCAGAAAGCAAUUGCCAUCGCGAUAGAAAUCGGCAACAGAAAAGGAGAAGGAACAACAUACGGGAACCUCGGAGGUGUGUUUCAAUCCCUUGACGAAUAUCAGGAGGCCAAAGAAUAUUACGAGAAAUCACUUGCCAUCGCGAUAGAAAUCGGCGACAGAAAUGGAGAAGGAACAAGAUACGGGAACCUCGGAGUUGUGUUUCAAUCCCUUGGCGAAUAUCAGAAGGCCAAAGAAUAUUACGAGAGAUCACUUGCCAUCACAAAAGAAAUAGGAGACAGAGGAAAGGAAUGUUCAGGAUACUUAGCCCUUGGAAGCGUUUACUGCAGGCUUAGGAAAUAUCGUCAAGCUAAAGAAUAUUUCGACAAAGCACUCAGCAUCAGUACAGCAAUUGGACAAAGAAUAAAUGAAGGAUACGCUUCCACAGGUUUGGCAGCAGUGUUCGCUUUUAUCAAUGACAAUCAGAAAGCAAAAGAACAUUCUCAGAAGGCGCUCACCAUCAGCAAGGAAUGUGGCCAUAAAGCUCUGGAAGGAGAAUGUUACCUCGGCCUCGGAGAUCUAUGUAGAUCGCUUGGUGAAUGCGAUGAGGCAGAAGAUUACUUAGAGAAGGCUCGCUCCAUAAGCAGUAGAAUUGGAGACAGACUGAUUGAGUUUAAAAGCCUUCUCAGCAUCACACAGUUAAAGGUAUCGCAAUUAAAGGUUGUGGAGGCAAAGGAACAUCUCCUUCAAUGUAUUGGAAAAUAUGAACAAUUGAGGAGUUUUCUUAAAGGAAACAAAGAGUUUGAAAUAUCCCUGUUAGAAGCGCACGGUAGUUUUCCUUAUCACUUGCUCACUACCUUGCUUUGCAAUACUGGCAAAUUUCAAGACGCUCUUUAUGUCGAGGAGCUGGGACGAGCGAGAGUCCUCGCAGAAUGCAUGGCAGAGAAGUUCUCCGUUGAAAGCCACAUCUCGGCUGAUCCAAAAUUAUGGUUCGGGAUUGAAAACAUCGUGAAAAAAGAGAGUAACUGUGUCUUUUUGUACAUUUCGUAUUUAAAGCGGCAAGUUUGUCUCUGGGUUUUGAAAGCAAAUGGAGACAUUUCCUUUCGAGUCACCGACAAAGUGAAAGACAGCACUCUCAUUCCUGAGAAAGUUUGCAACGUGGAGGGAAUUUUCAAAAAGAGCACCGCCAGCUUUGGCGUUUUAUUCACAGCGAAUUGCGAAGAUCGAUCUUUGGAUGGCAACGUAACGACAUCUCUUUUUGAAGAGAGCCGAGCAACUUUGCGCGGUGACGAAAGCAAAGAAACCGAAAGAAUUCAUCAUUUGUGUUACAAAUGGAUCAUCGCUCCUGUGGUAGAUUUACUUACAGAGCCUGAAAUCAUCAUUGUGCCGUAUCGUUUCUCGUAUCGAGUCCCAUUUGCUGCCUUGCGUGAUGGAGCAGCCGGAAAGUAUCUAUCAGAGACUUACAGAAUCCGUAUCAUCCCUUCCCUAACGACCCUCCGCCUCAUUCAAGAUUGUCCAGCGGAUUAUCACAGUGAAACUGGUGCACUUGUAGUGGGUGAUCCUACGGUUGGCCAGGUGUAUUACAAUGGACGUGUCGCUAACUUUGUACCAUUGUCCUGUGCUAGAGAGGAAGCAGAGAUGGUUGGUCGACUGUUGGGAGUUCAGCCUUUGUUAGGAGAGUCUGCAACUAAGCAGGCAGUGCUUCAAGCGAUACCUUCAGUGAGUCUCAUACAUGUUGCCGCACAUGGAAAUGCCGAAAGAGGAGAGAUUGCCCUGUCGCCUAAAUGUCCUAAAUGUACCACCAACAGUUUUCCACAAGAAGAAGACUACCUCUUGACAAUGUCCGACAUUUUCGGAACUCAAGUGCGAGCAAAACUGGUUGUAUUGAGCUGUUGUCACAGUGCGCGUGGAUUGGUCAAAGCCGAAGGAGUUCUUGGAAUCGCUCGUGCAUUCUUAGCAUCCGGUGCACGUUCAGUGUUGGUAGCAUCGUGGGCCAUAGAAGACGAAGCAACGGAGCAGCUCAUGAAUCAUUUCUACAAGCACCUUGUUCGUGGAGAAAGUGCCAGUGAAUCUCUUCACCAGGCCGUAAAAUGGUUGAGAAGCAACGGCUUUCCCAAACCUAAUCAAUGGGCUCCAUUUGUGCUGAUGGGAGACAACGUGACGUUGGAUUUUACAUACAUCGGGUAGGUCUAGUUCUGAUAAGAAAUUUCCAUUAGCUACCUUACGUUACCCAACAUUAGCUAUCUUAGGGACUGUUCAGCAGCCGAGGGGGGGGGGAUUGGGUGCUGCUCGAGGAUUUUGGUUGUCUCCCAGUAAAAUUCACCUGAUCCCCUGUAAGGCUCCAUAAUAUUCUUUAGACCUCCCCCUUCCCCCCCCCUCCUCCACAGAACCAGAAGAUUUUGAUGAAUCAUUUUCAAAAUUGGCCUUGAAUCAAAGCUGCUUUAGUGUGCGAAAUCUUCAGAAAUUAUUCUUCAAACAGAAGCCCAAGAGGAUGAUAGACAGGCCAAAGUAAAUGCAAUGAAAGCAACUUGAGAGAUAUAAGCUACCUAAUGACUUUGAAGUUGAUAGCUAUUUGAGCUGUGUGUCUAGCUACUUUGAAUCUUUUAGAAAUUCUGAUCCAUAUAAUGCUUUAGAGUUGAAAUUGUACUAUGUUUGUUUCAGGAAAGAGGAACACAAGGAGGACAACAAUGAAGCAGAGAAGAAACAGAGUAACAACUGA